CUCUCUCGUCCUCUCUCCCUCCCUCUCUCUCUCUCUCGUGAUGAUGGAGGACCGGAGGAUGAACCGGAGAGCAGAGCCGUGUACCAGAGCUCCUCACGGCCGCUGAUGGAGCUGUGUGCCGGCUCCGGGUCUCCAGAAGAAGAAGAAGCUCCGUGGAGCCGCUUCUCCCGCUGGCUGGAGUGUGUGUGUGUGGUGACCUUCGACCUGGAGCUGGGCCAGGCGCUGGAGCUGGUGUAUCCUCAGGAUGUGAAGCUCACUGAGAAGGAGAAGAGCAGUAUCUGCUACCUGUCCUUCCCCGACUCGUACUCAGGAUGCCUUGGGGAUACUCAGUUCAGCUUCAGGCUGCGUCAGUCUGUGGGCCGGAGGGGGGGGGGCCGCGAGGAGGAGGUCUACAACCGGGACGCCCCCCCCACCCUAAAGACGGAGGUCUCCCAUUUCUUCGGCUUUGUUUACUUCAGGCAGGUGAAGGACGCCUCGGUGAAGAGAGGGUACUUCCAGAAGUCUCUCGUGCUGUUAUCUCGACUGCCCUUCCCCCCCCUGUUCCAGACUCUUCUACAGAUCGUGGCUCCGGAGUUCUUUGAGAAACUGGAGCCGUGCCUGGAGACAGUGUGCAACGAGAUCGACCAAUGGCCUGCCCCCGUUCCCGGGCUGAGCCUCACCCUGCCGCUGAUGGGCCUGGUCCUGCAGGUGCGGGUCCCCUCCAGGAGUGAUAAGCCCGGAGGAAGUCCAGUGAGACAGAGCGCUGCAGAGAACCUGCUACGGACCCCCACGGUGCUACGGACCCCCACGGUGCUACGGACCCCCACGGUGCUGCCCAGCAUCCACGAGCUGGACCUCUUCAGGUGUUUCCAGUCGGUGCUGGUUCACCUGCAGGUGUUGUGGGAGCUGCUGUUGCUAGGGGAACCGCUGGUUGUCAUGGCACCGUCUCCCACCGUCUCCUCGGAAACCGUGCUGGCUCUCAUCAGUAUGAUCAGUCCUCUGAGGUUCUGCUGUGAUUUCCGGCCGUACUUCACCAUCCACGACUCAGAGUUCAGAGAAUACACCACCAGGACCCAAGCCCCUCCCUGUGUAGUGCUAGGAGUCACAAACCCGUUCUUCAUCAAGACGUUUCAGAACUGGCCUCACGUCCUCAGACUGGGAGAAACAAAGAUGGCGGGUGAUUUACCUAAACAGGUGAAGGUGAAGAAACUCUCCAAACUGAAAACUCUGGACACUAAACCAGGGAUCUACACGGCGUUCAAGACCUUUCUCCACAAAGACAAGGUCCUGAUUAAAAGACUGCUGAAGGGGAUCCAGAGGAAGAGGCCGUCGGAGGUCCAGAGCGCCAUCCUGAGGAGACACUUGUUAGAGCUGACCCAGAGCUUCAUCAUCCCUCUGGAGCGCUACAUGGCCAGCCUGAUGCCUCUGCAGAGAUCUGUGUCACCGUGGAAGACCCCCCCUCAGAUCCGGCCCUUCAGUCAGGAGGACUUCCUGUUGUCUCUCGAUGACACGGGGCCACAGCUGACCUCUGUGCUGAAAGGUGAUUGGCUGGGGCUGUACAGGAAGUUCUUCAGGUCUCCGAACUUUGACGGCUGGUACCGCCAGCGACACAGAGAGAUGACUCAGAAACUGGAGAGUCUCCACCUGGAGGUGCUCUGUGAUGCCGACCUGGUGACCUGGACUAAAGAUAAAUCGGAGGUGGAAACCGUCGACUUGAUUCUGAAGCUUCGAGAGAAAUUGAAUAAAGCAUGCAGGCAGCAGCUGCAGCUUAAAGACGGAGUUUUAGACAAACUGGAAAACUUCAUCGAGACGAUCGUCACGUCUCUACCUGAAGAACUGAGGAGAGUACUGAGUACACACAGUACACACUGUACACACAGUACGCACUGACUACACACUGAAUACACACAGUACACACUGAAUACACACAGUACACACUGAAUACACACUGUACACACUGACUACACACAGUACACACUGACUACACACUGAAUACACACAGUACGCACUGUACACACUGAC